AUGCCAUCACCACAAGAAGCAUCCAAAUUGCUUUCCCUCUGUUUUUCUAAAGCAAAGGCUUCAUCAUCUUUUAAAAACGGAGAAGGAGUUUUGAAUUAUUGUUUGAACAAGGCUUCGGAAAAUAAAUUUAAUGCCUACAUUAGAACAUGUCCAGAGUAUGCCAAGAAAAAGUUGGAUGAAUCACAUGAAAAACCAGAACAUCCACUUAAAGGUGUUCCUUUUGCUGUGAAGGAUGCUUUCUGUACGCAAGGAAUUCAAACAACAAUGGCUAGUAAUAUUCUUAAGGAUUACAUUCCACCAUACACAGCUACUGUAGUAAAACGAUUGGAAGAUGUAGGUGCUGUCAUGAUUGGAAAAACAAAUAUGGAUGAGUUUGCUAUGGGAAGUGGUACAAUUUUUGGAGCUUUUGGAGAAACUAGAAAUCCACUCGAUGAAAAGAAAAUUGCUGGAGGAAGUUCAGGAGGUAGUGCUGCUUGUGUUGCUGAGGAAAGUUGUUUCUUCUCUUUAGGUACUGAUACAGGUGGUAGUGUUCGUUUACCUGCAUCAUAUUGUGGAGUUGUUGGGUUUAAACCAUCCUAUGGUUCAUGCAGUAGAUAUGGUAUGAUUUCUUAUGGAUCUUCUCUUGAUACUUGUGGAAUUUUCUCAAAGACUGUCAGGGAAAGUGCAAUUGUUUUUAAUACUCUUAGUGGAAAUGAUCAAAAUGAUCCAACUACAAAACUCAAUGUUUCACCUGUGGAUUUAUCUAAAUUGGAUUCAAUUGAUAAUGAAUAUAAUAAGGGAAUACUCAAGAAUGUCAAGAUUGGUAUUCCUGUUGAAUAUUUCGUUGAUGAAUUGAAUGAUAAUAUUGUUAAAGUUUGGGAAGAAACUAUUAAAUGGAUACAAGAUCAAACUGGAGCUCAAGUUGAAUAUGUUUCCUUACCACACUCAAAAGAAGCUCUCUCUACUUAUUAUGUUAUUGCAACAGCUGAGGCUUCUUCCAAUUUAUCUAGAUAUGAUGGUUUGAGAUAUGGUAAUAAGGUCUCAAAGAAUCAAGAUUUACUUGCAUAUUAUUUACAAAAUAGAAGCGAAGGUUUUGGAAAUGAAGUUUUGAGAAGAAUUGUUUCUGGUAAUUUUGCCCUUUCAGUAGAUAAGUAUGAUACCUUCUUCAAGAAGGCCCAACAAACCAGAAGAUUAAUUGCUAACGAUUUUUAUCAAGUUUUACAAGAUCAAGGAAUUGAUUAUUUAUUAACGCCUUGCACACCUACCCCAGCUAUUGAUAGAGAUUUAUUUACAAAGAUGUCACCUGUGGAAAUGUUUGUUAAUGAUAUCUUUACCGUUCCAAGCAGUUUAGCAGGUGUGCCAGCAAUAUCUGUGCCUAUUGAAAUUAAUGAUCCAAAUAAGGAGGGUUCCAAAUCAAAGAUUGGUUUACAAUUAAUUGCUUUGAGUGAACAAUCAUGUCUCGAAGGUGCCACUGUUUUAGAGAAAGUUAAACUUGCUUAAAUUAUUUGAUACAUUAAUAUUUCUUUUUUGUCUGAAACAACUAGAUUGUUAACAGCAGACAAGCAAAGACCAUGGAUAAUGUCAGUGCUAAAAAUCGUAUUGUCAAUUCCAAUAUCAAUUACAGAUGGCUCCUUUGGUUGUGAUUGUUUGGUUUGUAAAUAUGAAUAAAUUGGUUUCAAUGAUGUAACAACAAUAGUGUCUGAAUUUUCAAAAGCCAAUACCAAAAGUCCUGAUAAGGAUGGAUUAUAAAGUGGUUCCAAUUGUGUUGAUAAGACAUCAAAACUAGUGAUCUUUGAGAGCUUUUCAUUGGUAAUUGGAAGAGAAAGCUUGACGAAAACAUCUCCCUCAUUUGGCAUGAGACAGUUCAAUAAGUAUAAAUUACCCAAGCUUGAUAAUAUGAUGAAUGAGUUAUUGCUCAAACUCUUUACAUCCUUAACUUUUUCAUCUCUUUGCUUACUAAUUGUUG